AUGCCCCCCAAGGCAAAGGCCCAAAAGCCCAAAGAGUCUGAAGCACAAGCACCACCACCUCCUCGCACCGUCAACGAGCGGUCUGCCCAGGUCUUUGCCCACAGCCAUCCCUUCGCGGCCAAGCUUCAACAAUCCGGGCCCAGCAGCCUCACCCCGGCCGAGCGCUCCGCCUGGGUUGCUAGCCACUACGUGCACGGCGGCGCCGGCCCCGCGGCCUUCUCCAAGAAGCUCGGAACCAAGGCGCAGAAGGACAUCUGGAAGGCCGUCAACGAGGCCAGCCUGCCGCUGCGCCCUGUCAAGAAGCAGACGAGCUGGGGCCGCGACCGCUACGGCCGCGACGUCGGCGAGUACACACUCGAGGAGUUCGCCGCUCGUGCGGACAAGCAGACGCGCCUGACGGCGCUGCUGGCUGCGAGUAACCGGUUCGGCGAUCGUAGGGCACGGCAAAGGGGCGACGUUGGGAAGUCGGGCUCGGGAGACCCGGGUGCAGCCGUGACUGACGAGGAGGUUGAGGAGGAGCGCGGCAGGAGGAAAGAUAUUGCUGCUCUCAAGAUGGAGCUCUACGGCCAGAGGACCGGCCCAUAUGCCAUGGAUCCGGCGUGGGAUGAUGUUAUUCCUAUGCCGAUUGAAGAGCCGGAGGGCGCUUUGGCGGCGAUCGCGUAUCCGGAGGACUAUGCUGAAGCCAUAUCCUACCUUAGAGCGGUCAUGACCUCAAAAGAAUACUCGCCGCGCUGCCUGCGACUGACCGAGCAUGUCAUAUCAAUGAACCCGGCACAUUAUACCGUGUGGCUAUACCGGUUUUCCAUCGUCUCAGCGCUCGGCUUGCCUAUCGAAGACGAGAUCGCCUGGCUGAACGAGGUAUCCCUCGAGCACCUCAAGAACUACCAGAUCUGGCACCACCGCCGCCUGCUCAUGGACUACUACUACCCCACCAUCUCGAGCGACCCCGAGAAGCUCGCUCAGCUGGUGCGCUCCGAGCGUCGCUUCAUCGCCAGCAUGUUCGCCGAGGACGCCAAGAACUACCACGUCUGGAGCUACCGGCAGUACCUGGUGCCGAAGCUGCGCAUGUUCGGGCCCGAGGAGCUCGAGUCGACGGAGGCGUUCAUCACCGAAGACGUGCGCAACAACUCUGCCUGGUCGCACCGCUUCUUUGUGGUGUUCUCGGACCCGGCGCAUGCGACCCCUGAGAGCCACAGCACGGAGCAUGACCCCAAGGUGCCCUCUGAGAUUAUUGACAGGGAGAUACAGUACGCGCAGGACAAGACUUUCCUGGCGCCACAGAAUCAGAGCGCGUGGAAUUACCUGAAGGGCGUAUUAGUCAAGGGUGGCAGGCCGCUGAGCAGCGUUGAGGAGUUUGUGACCCAGUUUGUGAAGGAUUUGGGUGUAGAAGAGAGUGAGAAUGUACAGAGCACUCAUGCGCUGGACCUCCUAGCGGAGAUAUAUGCAGAGAAAAAUGAAGACGAGAAGGCGGAUCUAUGUCUGCGCAGGUUAGGAGAGAAGUGGGACAGGAUACGGACGGGCUAUUGGGAGUGGAGGAGGGCAACGCUCAAGGAGAAAGCGGCUAGCAAGUGA